AUGAAGAGUAAACUGGGGGUGCUGCCGGGGCGCGGGCGGCACUGGAGAGCCACAGAACGGGCUUGUGGCAGCGGGGCUCUCCCGCCCGCAGCCCCAGCAGCUCCGCGAUACCACUCCGGAAAAGUUUCACCACACCUGCGCGGUGUCAGCAAAAGCUCGACAGGCGGCCUAGUUGCGGGCAGCACCGAGCCCCCGCCUCAGCUCACCGCAGCCAGCCCCUCGCUCCGCCCUGUGGGGGCUGUGGCGGGGAAGGGGCGGCGCCAGCAGCAGAGCGCGGCAGGCGCCGGGGCCGCGCGGGGCACAGCGGGUCGCCCGCCGGGAGCCAUGGACCAGGGCUGGCCGAGGCUCAACCACUCCGCCAGUCCGCGGGCGGCGGGCAACGCUUGUGCGGCGGCCGGGCAGCGCGACGGACCCUUCUCUGCCGACACUGCCGCGCUGCUGGCGGCGCUGAUGGGGCUGCUGGUACUGGCCACGGUAUUGGGCAAUGCCCUGGUCAUUCUGGCGUUCGUGGUGGACCGGAGCCUCCGCACACAGGGCCACUUCUUCUUUCUCAAUUUGGCCAUCGCCGACCUUCUAGUGGGCGGCUUCUGCAUCCCCCUCUACAUCCCCUACGUGCUGACGGGCGAGUGGAGGCUCGGCAGGGGCUUGUGCAAGUUGUGGCUGGUGGUAGACUACCUAGUGUGCACCGCCUCCGUCUUCAACAUCGUCCUCAUCAGCUUCGACAGGUUCAUCUGUGUCACCAAAGCGGUCAGUUACAGAGCUCAGCAAGGGAUGACCAGAAAUGCAAUACUGAAGAUGAUCGCUGUAUGGAUUGCUGCUUUUCUUCUGUAUGGUCCAGCCAUUCUCAGUUGGGAGCACAUUGCCCAGAAAAGCAUCCUCCCUGAAGGAGAAUGUCAUGCAGAAUUCUUCUACAACUGGUAUUUCCUCACAAUUGCCUCUACUAUUGAAUUCUUUACACCUUUCAUCACUGUUACAUACUUCAACUUAAGUAUUUACCUCAACAUCAGAAAACGCACAUCCCUCAGAAAUGAAAGCCUAUCAUCACCUGGUCAAAAGGACUGUGAAAUGAGUUUCCAGAGGGAAAAAAGGGAACACACUCUGUUUUUUGUAAAGCCUGUUAACAGACAUGAACAUGAAAAGAAGAAAGCAAGCAGCCUUUCUCCCUCAAAAAAGGCUUCAAGGCUCAGCUUGCAUAAAUUUGACAAUCAGUCAAAUUUGCAUGUCAAUCAAGACCUUCCACCACUUCAGGUAGAAGUGGAGGUCAAGCCUCACAGGAAUGGUUUCUACAGAACUACAGAGAGCAUUUGCAACAGCACCAAUAAAGUGGACAUGGCUAACAGUAUGGCAAAUAGAUUCAGGCUUUCCCGGGAUAGAAGAGUAGCAAAGUCUUUAGCAAUUAUUGUCUGUGUGUUUGGCUUGUGUUGGGCUCCAUAUACACUUUUGAUGAUCAUCAGAGCCGCUUGCCAUGGGCACUGUGUGCAGCGUUCACUCUAUGAGACUUCGUUUUGGCUUCUGUGGGUGAAUUCGGCCAUUAAUCCUGUUCUAUAUCCACUGUGUCACAUGAGCUUUAGAAAAGCCUUUAUAAAACUCCUGUGUCCAGGAAAAGCCAAAAUUCACCCUCAUUUUCUAUGUCAAAAGUAGCAUGAAGGCUGACAAGUAGACCUUGUUCUCAGUGGCAAGAAACUGGCUAAUAUUUACCUGCAACUACCAAGUGCAAUGAGCACUGCAUAGUUUAUGCAAUACUGGUAAGUAGAUACAAGUGUAGAUAUUUAUGAAUGUAUAGAAGUACAGUCAUCAAUGUAGCUGGAGAAACCACAGCAAUGAGGAGAAAGGCAAUUUCUCAAAGGACUUAGGGAAAUUAUGCCAACAGUAUACUUUCUGGUAAUGGUGCACUAGUGCUAAAAGUGCUGAUAAGGGAAUACAGCUUUCAUGGCCAGUAAUUAAGAGUUCAGGCUCUCUCACCUUUAACUGUAAAAAUGCUUAUACGAGAUUUCAUGAAGUUGUAAUAUUAGGCCUGUUCUAUUUUAACCCCAAAUCCAUCCUUAAGACAUCAGUGGUCUCCACUGUUAAGUGUAGUAUGCUUUCCCUUCAACCCACGCAGUGGCAAGCUGGACAAGAUCACGCAAAACCAAAAAGUAACUACUGGUAUCCAGUAAAAGCACAGGAGAGGAGGCAACAGAACAGUCAGGUUACCAAAGAAACAAACAGUUGUAAGCAGGUAAGGGAUCACUGAUUUACAUGGGAAAGGUGAUUAAGAAAUGGAAGUAGAAUUUUUUAGAAGAAUUAAACUCAGGAACAGGAAUAGUAAAGGCUUUUGAAAGCUCUGUCCUAAGAGACAUGAGAACUGAGAAUUUAUAUACGUGGAAGUUUCACCAUGAGUUUCCUCCCUCAGCUGUGUCUUCCUGCUCCUUGCCAGAGGACUGGAGGGGCAAGAACUGACAUGAGUAAAACCUCUGCUCACAGGCUUGACAGAUAUUACUCCAUCUUUUGCUCAAAGUACAGAGGAAGCAUAAUUAGUCUGUAAGAUCACUGGUGGAUCUUGCUGUAGACAAGUUGCAGGUAAACUUCCCUUCAAGUCAUUUUAAAAACAUUUGCAGUUAGACUUGUACUAGUUCUGUAAGGAAUAGAAGAACAUUCUCUACUUCUACCAUACCCAUUAGAUCUGUCCAUCACAUCAUCAGUGGUCAACAAAAAGGUAUUACUUAACGAUUUCAGGUAUUUAAGUCAUGUGUCAUG